AUGUCCAGCAGAAUGCCCUGUCGUUUUGGCACGGUUCUGAAGAGAAUGGAUGGACCAGUGCCAAUGGGAAGUGCAGAACUCCGUGCAGCUGAUCGAUGGAUCACAGAUAUGUUGACGUCUGUUUUUACCUCAAGGGAGAUCCCGGUAAAUACCGUACUCGGGCCAUGCGAUCUGAAACAUUCGUCUCUGUAUGACAGCAUCGCCUUCAUUGCACUGAAAUGUUCGGACCGGAGGACCAAACCCUACAUGCUCAAGGUGGACGUGACUGGUGCUGCUGCUGCGGAGAGUUCCUGCUGGUUGCAGCUGGUCCAGCCCGCCCGCUACGCAGAUGAGCAGAACCUGGAGGCUUAUGUGAAAGAUGGGCAGCUAUUCUUCAGGGCUCUGAGGACCAUCAAGAGAGAUGCAGAGCUCCUGGUGUGGUACAAAAAGGACCUUUCCCAACUACUGAACCUCAACUUAGAAGAGUCUGAAGGUGUCGCCCCCCACACAUGCCCCUACUGCACGCAGACGUUCCAGUUUGAGUUCCCCCUCCUGGCCCACCAGAGGUUCCUGUGUAAGGAACGGUUCCUCAGCCUCACGGCCAGUCGGUUCUCCAAGCUCAGCCCACCACCGCGCUCCCUGGGGGACAAACCUGCCACCACCACCACAACGGACUUCCACAACCUGGCACGAGACCUGGAGAGUAGCCGAGCUCCUUCGGGCAACGUGGAGAAAGGAGGACCAAACAAGAGCAACAAGAGGAGGCAUUCAGAAGAGGAGGAGGAGGAGGAGAGGGAGAGUGAAGAUGAGGUGUUGUCCUUCUCUCCGCCGCGAGGAGAUCGAGCAGGGAAGAGGGUGUGUGUUCAGGGCAGGGCAGUUCAGCUGCGCAUCCCAGUGCCACUUCGUCACGCGAGCUCUACCAGCAGCAUCGGCGCCAUCACACAGACUCAAACAAGCUCACCAAAAAGUCUGGGUGGAAACGAUACAGUAAUCUCCACUGGGGGUGUUAAACACCUGAAACCGAAGCCUAAAAACGAUCUGCUGCUGAAGACGUCUCUACCUCUACCUUUGUCUUUCUCUGGCAGCGAUAUCGCCCGCUCCAUUUUGAGUGACUCCGUCAGCGCUGGAGAUGAGGAGAGAAAGAGUGCCUUCAUCCAGCCUCCCCGCUCCUCCUCCUCCUCCUCUUCCUCCUCCUUCCAGACCCACCACCCCGUGAUGAUGGCCCUGCCUGCGGCUCUACCCCACCUACCCCACCUGCCGCUGGCUGCAUCCAAGCUCCAGAGAGCCGCCCUGCUCCAGGCUGCCGCGCACAAGCAGCUCCUCAGCGCAUCAUCCAUCUGGCCCAAGCCUCAUCUCGCAGCAUCAGGACCGGUUCUGGGAAAGCUGACUACUACCAGCCUUAGUCGUACCAGUGGCAACAACGGUCCCCAGCAUCACUCCCCUCCGCCGACCCCAGCCCUCCUCUCCGUGCCGCUGUCCCCGCUCGCCCCCCUCGGUCUCCCCGCGCAGAACUGGUGCGCCAAGUGCAGCAUCUCCUUCCACAUGACCUCCGACCUGGUGCAGCACAUGCGCUCUCACCACAAGAGGGCGCCCUCUCUGGAGGAGCAGCAGCAGGCGGGGGACGGGAGCCAGCAGCAGGGGGCCAAGCAGCACAGGAGGGACCGCCUCAGGUGCCCCAUCUGCAAGGAGUCCUUUAAGGAGCGCCACCACCUCUCACGACACAUGACCUCCCAUUCAUGA